ACGGAGGAGCCCGGAGCGGAGCUGCGUGCAGCUCGAGGGGGAGGCAGGCAGGAAGGAAGGAGCCGUGGCACGGAGCCGGCCCGCGGCAGGGUUGUGCUGGGGGAGGAGCAGCAGGGACCCCGGCCACGGCCGCCCCUUCCGCAGCGUCUCUCCAGGGGGCGAUUGCGUGCGCUGAGCUUCAGCCUUGGGAGCUGAUGGCUUUUUGUUUCUCUCUCCCCGCUGGCGACGUCAGCCUGCACCUGACCACCUUCAGCCUGCAGUACACCCCUCCCGUUGUGGCCUGCGUCUGUAUCCACCUGGCUUGUAAAUGGUCCAACUGGGAGAUCCCAGUCUCCACGGACGGGAAGCACUGGUGGGAAUACGUUGAUGGCACUGUAACUCUGGAGCUCUUAGAUGAACUGACCCAUGAAUUCCUGCAGAUCCUCGAGAAAACCCCCAACCGGCUGAAGCGCAUCCGGAACUGGAGGGCCACGCAGGCGGCCAGGAAAUCCAAAGCCGACGAGCACGGCGAAGACGAGGGGCUGUCGGAGCAGACCAUCCUCAACAUGAUCUCCAGGAACAACAGCUCGGAUAUGAACAUCGCGGGGCUGAUGAGCAUGUCCACGUCCUGCGCCGCCUCCGCGGGGCCCUCGCUGCCGGCGCCCGCCGACUCUCCCGGCGCUCCGAGCGCGGCGGACGCGGCUCCGGCAGAGCGCUGGCUGUCGCAGCACCCCGCGUCCAAGCUGGAGGCGCCGCAGAGCCACCGGACGGCCGAGGGCGCGGCGGGGGCGGAGCAGCAGCCCUGCCCGCAGCCCCAGGACGGCGGCGGCUACGGCAAGCAGGGCGCCAAGAGCGCGCCGUCGGCCAAGGUGUCGCUGAAGGAAUACCGCGCCAAGCACGCCGAGGAGCUGGCGGCGCAGAAGAGGCAGCUGGAGAACAUGGAGGCCAACGUGCGCUCGCAGUACGCCUAUGCGGCCAAGAACCUCCUGGUGCAGCAGCAGAGGGAGAGGGAGGUGCAGCAGGACGGCAACCCGUCGCCCAUCAUCCUGAAGAUCCCCAUCGCCGAGAACCCCGAGCGCCCGCCGGGCCCCGACAAGGGCGACAAAAGCGCGGCGCUGAAGCUGAGGAUCCCGAUGGGGGGCGCCGGGGCGGAGCGGCCGCUGCCCUCCAAGCAGGAGGAGAUCAAGAUGCGCAUCAAGGUGCCCGGCGAGCGGCCGGACGACGGCGGCGCCAAGAGCCGGGCGGAGCACAAGGAGAAGCACAAGGGCCACUCGUCCAACCACCACCACCACAACCACCACUCGCACAAACAUUUGCACCCGCAGCUCGGCGCCGGGCCCAGCGCCGCGCUCGGCAAGCGCCCGGCAGACUCCAAGCACGCGGCGCCGACGGCCGGCGCCGCCCCCCAUAAGAGCUACGGCCUCUUCGGCUCCUCCCGAAAGCGGCCGCCGCCGGAGGAGGGCGCGGCCCACGAGCACCAGCCCAAAGUCAGCAAAGGCCCCAAGGGCGCCGCGCCGCCGUUCCCCUACCCGCACCUCCCGGGACCGCACGGCUCGGACGCCGUCGCCGCGCUCCCUGCGCUGCCCUCGGCCCCCGGCAAAGCGCGGGGCGGCGCCCACGGCAAAUCGGACAAAGGACCCGCGGGGGCCAACGGCCACAACGCCUCCCAGCCCAGUGACUACCAGGAUACGGUCAACAUGCUGCACUCGCUGCUGAGCGCGCAGGGCGUGCAGCCCGGCCCGGCCCCCCCCUUCGAGUUCCACGCGUACGGGGAGCUCUUGAACCCCAGGCCAAGCGGCCGACCCGCCAACACGGACAGACCCCGACCCCCCCCCCUGCCCUCAGAACCUCCCCCUCCUCUGCCCCCCCUCCCCAAAUAGGGCCCUUUUUACUACUGAAUUCCUGCAGCCCCGACCCUGCGCUGACCGGGGGGUGGGGAGGGGGGGUGGGAGGAAGGGCUGGUUUGUUCUCCACUGCCUCACGAAGAACUUAUUUUAUUAUUAUAACUUUUAUUAUAUCGGUAUUCAGAGCGCGGAGAUGGCGAAGCUGUGAAGGGACGAAUCCUUCCCUCCUCCUCCUCCUCCUCGCUCCCUCCCUCGCCGCCUCCCCGUCGGCAGUGGGCUCCGUCCCCGCUGCAGCCGAAGCCCCCGAAUGGGGGGGACCACGUCCUUGUGGGGGAAGAGGGGGAGGUGGG